UGUCACGUCAACUGUCACCGCCUGCUUUUACUCGAUCGGUAAUCCGCCAUUUUCAACAACAGUUUGCUUGUGGACGAGGAGUGUUUUUUUAACAACAAAAACCAAGUGAAUCGUUCGUUUCAGCUCGAAUUCCACCCGAAACACCCAACUAAACCGACUAAUUUGCAGCCCUAGCCGCACGAACCGUCAAAAUAUCCAGAAACAGCCGACUUUUCCAGGCGCGACAUGUCUCGUUACCGCGAGUGGGACCUCUCCUGCAAGGUGUACGUCGGCAACUUGGGCUCGUCGGCCAGCAAGCACGAAAUCGAGAGCGCCUUCGGCAAGUACGGCUCCCUCCGGAACGUCUGGGUGGCCAGGAACCCACCGGGCUUCGCCUUCGUCGAAUUCGAGGAUCCCCGGGACGCCGAGGACGCCGUACGGGGCUUGGACGGAACGCGUUGUUGCGGAACGAGAGUUCGAGUGGAAAUGUCGAACGGGCGAUCGAGAAGGGGCGGUGGCGGAGGCGGCAGACGAGGACCCUCAAGGUAUUCCAGGCUCACAGCCCCACAGCCUUUGAACCUUCUCUUGUCACCCAACUGGGCCCCCCCGUCGGUCCGUCAAAAACAUCUUCUUCACCUCACAUCGAAUCAAACGCGCACAAACCGAACCCCUUUGGACCGCCUGGCAAAAUCACCAAAAAUCAAUCUUCCAAACGAAACAAUAAUCUACCAAAAAAACAAACCGCUAAUUAAUUAGAUAAGAGUUUUCUCUCGUCGUUGUCGUCGUUCAUUGCAAAAUAAAUCUUCGAUACCGACCGCCCGACCGAUCGAUCGACAGCAGGCCUGCCAACCGGUUAACCGAUGGUUGUAGACGGAUUAUAGCCGAAUUUGUGGUAAAAAGAAAAAAAUUGUUUUAGAAAAAAGGGGGAAACGUUCUUCUUUCCUCGUAGAACGAUCGAAUUGGAAAUUCGAUGUUCGUAAAAUAGACAAGGAAUUGUAUCGAGUAGGUUUCGGUAAUUAUUAUA